AUGUCUCGCAACGACGAUGCCCCGAAGCUCGACGCCGACACUAGCGAGGUGCUGCUAUCGUCUCAAUCAGGUUACGAGUGGAUCGUGGGCGGCCACCAGGUCGGCGCUUGUUGGGAAAGGAGGAGCUUGGANAGACCACGCCAUCUUGGAGGGCCUUCACCUGUUCAUGGCAACGAUAGCUCGCUACGUCUCUGGUUCGCCAUCAAUCACGACAAAAACGAGACUGUUGUCGUCUUGACAAUGUCUGUCAAGUCGCGCUCCAAAUCAAAGGCACGUCCACGCAGCUUCUUCCUAGUCGUGCCUGCAGAGGACCUGCGCGUAUCUAGUGAAAUGCAUGACUUCCACCCAAUCUCUCUUGAUCUUGUUCCCGAAUCCCUGUUCGAGCGCCCUGCCGACACUGUCUCAGCGAACGCGACUCGUAUCUUGCACGUAUCAUUUGCUCUCGGCCAUAAACGCACAUGCGGUGUUGUCAUGAAUACCCGGCCUUACUCGGGCAAGAUGCGCGGUACUCCUCUUGCGCUGCUCGAUGGCCUCAAAUCUUUGUCAGAAGCAAGGCAGUUUGAUCUGUAUUUGAAGUUUAGCUCCUACGCUCAAGUAGGGUUUCAGCGCCUGUCUCAAGUCUUGAAGCAAAAUAUAGCCUUCUUCACGCCACAAUUCGACUUGAAAAACUUGUAUGGGAGUGGAUGGGAUGGCGCUUUUGAUCUGUGGGAGGCUCAAGGGUGGCACACUCCUGAAGAUCCACCAUCGCGGAAACGAAAAGCAUGCUCCCCUAUGCUAGAGGAAGAACAGGUCAAGGCCCCGCCAGCAUACAAUCAUCGUCGACCGGCGCCUCCUGCAUAUGCAGAUUCUCAGGUACCGCAAACACCCAACACAAAACAAACACAGUCGGAUCCAUCUCUUCGACCGGACGUCCGUGAAUCUCCUUGCCGUGUCACUACUCCCGAUAGUAUUGUCUGCGAUAGCAUCGCAUCCGGGAUCCCAAAUACCCCUUACUCGCCCUACCCUGUCAUCUUCAAUACGGUGUCAGCGAAGAAAUCCUCCGCCAUACCUCUCCCACUGCCAACUUUAUAUCCUGCAGUGGAUCCCGCUUCUUUGACCCAACUCUACGAUCGCGAGAUGGGCAUGUGGCUACUCACAGCCUGGAACCUUGUACCGAACAUCCACAUCACACUUGUCCGCGAAUUACUAGCCGUCGCUGCCGCCGUCAACAAGCAAGAUGUAUCUGACUACCGCGCCGCUCGCAUAACGUGUGCGAAGAGACUAGCCAGUUACGUGGCCGACCAAAGCCAACAGACCGAGUCAAGCAACAUAGACGAGGAUACACGGCUUAAAAGGUUGCGCGCUGAGGUCUUGGCUUCUGAGCCUGAUAGCUGUAUCUCUUGGUUGUUUAUGCUGCGGUCUGAGGGCGACGUGGGGUUUAUGGAGUUGCUUGGGAAAUUGGAAGUUAGGAAGAGGAUUGCUCUUUCUGCUUCUGGUGAUGAUGAUGAUGAUGAUGAUGCAUUUAGGAAUGCAAUGGUUAUUAGGGCUGCGAUUGUUCUGCAAGCGUUGUGUAUGGAAGAUUCACGGCUUGCAUAA